GUCAAUUUUUUUCCACAUUUUCGUCGUUUCGCGGAACUCGAACAUCGCGUUGAGGUGAAAUCUCAGCCGGGAACACGUGAAUUCUAAUUAAAAAGUAUUUAAAUCGUUCGAAUUUGUAAAAAUAAAGUGCAAAAAUGUUAUCGGCCGCCAGAGUUUUCACGAAAACCGCCGCACAAUGCUCCAAAACUUCGCAAUUCAUCCGGAAGUUUAGCCCUUUAAUCAACUCGAAUUUCACCCCCGGAGCCGCGCUAUAUCCCGCUUAUGAUCAAUAUCGUUUCAAGUCUGAUGCCAUCCGAGGAGCAGUCAUUGGUAUUGAUUUGGGUACCACCAACUCUUGUGUGGCCGUCAUGGAAGGAAAGCAAGCGAAAGUAAUCGAAAACUCUGAAGGUUCUAGAACCACCCCAUCAGUGGUUGCCUUUACAAAGGAUAAUGAACGUCUUGUCGGUAUGCCUGCUAAGAGGCAAGCAGUUACAAACUCUGCUAACACUUUCUAUGCAACUAAAAGGCUCAUUGGGAGGAAGUUUGAAGAUCCAGAGGUUAAAAAGGACAUGAAUAAUGUGUCUUACAAGAUCGUUAAGGCUAGCAACGGCGAUGCCUGGGUACAAACUUCAGAUGGCAAACUCUAUUCUCCCAGUCAAAUCGGUGCUUUCGUUUUAAUAAAGAUGAAGGAAACCGCUGAGGCUUACUUAAACACAAAGGUAAAAAAUGCAGUAGUCACAGUGCCCGCCUACUUCAAUGACUCUCAGAGGCAAGCGACCAAAGAUGCUGGACAAAUCGCCGGUUUGAAUGUACUUAGGGUUAUUAACGAGCCAACUGCUGCCGCUCUCGCAUAUGGUAUGGACAAGACUGAUGAUAAAAUUAUUGCAGUUUAUGACUUGGGUGGUGGUACUUUUGAUAUCUCCAUCUUGGAAAUUCAGAAGGGAGUAUUCGAAGUGAAGUCUACCAAUGGAGACACUUUCUUGGGAGGUGAAGAUUUUGACAAUGUUUUGGUCAAUUAUUUGGUAUCUGAAUUCAAAAAGGAACAGGGUAUGGAUGUGACAAAAGACCCCAUGGCAAUGCAGCGUUUGAAGGAAGCAGCGGAAAAAGCCAAAAUUGAACUUUCCUCUGGCUUGCAAACCGACAUUAACUUGCCAUAUUUGACCAUGGACGCCUCUGGACCCAAACAUAUGAAUCUCAAAUUGACUAGAUCGAAAUUCGAAAGUUUAGUGGGAGACCUGAUUAAGAGAACGAUCGCACCGUGCCAGAAAGCCAUAAAAGAUGCGGAAGUGAACAAAACCGAUGUCGGUGAAGUUUUACUCGUAGGCGGUAUGACCAGGAUGCCAAAAGUUCAACAGACUGUUCAAGAAAUCUUCGGUAAGGCACCCAGCAAAGCGGUGAAUCCGGAUGAGGCUGUGGCUGUAGGUGCGGCUGUACAAGGCGGUGUGUUGGCUGGAGACGUCACUGACGUAUUACUGUUGGAUGUCACUCCUUUGUCUUUGGGUAUUGAGACUCUUGGAGGUGUUUUCACCAGGCUGAUUAAUAGAAACACCACAAUUCCCACCAAGAAAUCCCAAGUAUUCUCGACUGCCGCCGAUGGCCAAACCCAAGUGGAAAUCAAAGUGUUCCAAGGAGAAAGAGAAAUGGCCGCCAACAACAAAAUGCUAGGUCAAUUUUCAUUGAUUGGAAUCCCCCCGGCACCCCGAGGAGUGCCCCAAGUAGAGGUUACCUUCGACAUUGACGCCAACGGUAUCGUACAUGUUUCAGCUAGAGAUAAGGGAACCGGCAAGGAACAACAAAUUGUUAUCCAAUCAUCGGGCGGUCUGAGCAAAGACGAAAUCGAAAAUAUGGUCAAAAACGCCGAACAGUACGCGCAACAAGACAAAGUCAAGAAGGAAAGAGUGGAAGCAAUCAAUCAAGCCGAGGGAAUCGUACAUGAUACAGAAACGAAAAUGGAGGAAUACAAGGCCCAACUUCCAGAAGAAGAGUGCAACAAGAUUAAAGAAGAAAUCGCCAAAGUUAAGGAACUUUUGGCCAAAAAGGACGAGGGAGAUCCAGAGGAGAUCCGUAAGGUAACCGGUGAAUUGCAGAAGAAUUCGUUGAAAUUGUUCGAGAUGGCUUACAAAAAGAUGGCGGCAGAGAGAGAAAGCAACCAAAGCCAGAACCAAGAACAGCAACAGACGGAAGAAUCGAAAGAAAAGAAAGAGGAGAAGAACUGAGUUUAAUAGUUCUUAAACAAAAAUGUUUAUUUUUUAAUCGGACUUUUGUUGGAAUCAGUUCGGUGCAGGCAGCUGCACCUUAUAAUUUAAUAUAAUUCCUUGUUAAACAGGUGCGAAAAUGUGAUUUUUUGCGCGCGCGAUUUUAACGGGGCAUAAUUACACUGUAAGUGAUUGACGUCUGACUGAGUUGGGAGUGGAUUUGGAGAGUACUGAGUUGUUAUUAGUUCAAUAAUUUUUUUUAUUGCGACCAGUUUUUAGUGUACAGUUUAUAUUUUUUGUCAUAGUUCGAGACUGUGAGUCAUUUGGGGAUGCGAAUUCGUGAAAUCUCUGUGUUAUUGUUAAAUAGUUAAUAGUUGUAUGUGUAAUACAAGUUUGUACAAAAUA